GCACUAUAUUGUGAGCUCAGGUGACAGAGAAAGGCAGCCUUGGUACAUCUCUCUUUUCUGAAGGCUGGAGUGCCUUAGGAGGUAUUGUGAGGGGCAAGCAUAAAUCAUAUCAACACGGGAGAAUUGGCCAGGAAGUGAAGCUGCACACCUGUGCGUGUGAGAACAUAGAGCUAUGUUCCAAGCCAAGGGACCAGCCAGUACAACCUCUACUAAUGAGGCAAAGAGCAACUCAGGGGCAUCCACCGUGCAGAGGUCCAAGUCUUUCAGCCUGAAAGCUCAGGUGAAGGAGACAUGCAGUGCCUGCCAGAAAACAGUCUACCCCAUGGAGCGCCUGGUGGCUGAUAAAUUUGUCUUCCAUAACAGCUGUUUUUGCUGUAAGCACUGCCGCACCAAGCUGAGCUUGGGUAGUUACGCAGCUCUUCAUGGGGAAUUCUACUGCAAGCCACAUUUCCAGCAGCUGUUCAAGAGCAAAGGCAACUAUGAUGAGGGCUUUGGGCGCAAGCAGCACAAGCAGCUCUGGCUGCAGAAAGAGAUGGAGAAUGGGACUGAUACAGCAUGACCAGCAGGCCCCUAUUUCCCCACUUUGAGAGUUUUGGAAUGGGGAUGAACCGAGCUGAUGGAAAGCAAUGGAGCUUGCAAGGCUUGCAGGGAAUGGGGACAUCUAGGCAGAAGCAGAGUAUGGUUUCUAUGUUAUGGGAGCAAUGGCACUUGCAUAUCUGGGCUGUGGGAAGAUCGAAGAUCCUAAGAAACUGUCCAGAUGGUGUUGAGAAUGGAGAAUCUUCCUCAAAUCAUACAAGAGCAGGAACACCAGUGGGGACAGAGGUCAUACUAGGGAUGUAAAGAGAUAUUGGGACGAUUAUAUCUAAAUGUUUUGAUUAGAUGAUAUAUAAAUACGAUUCCACCUCUGGUACAAGUCCUUGUCCAGGUGUGGCCCAUACUUAUCAUGCAUUAGCCAACAAACUACUCCGCCCCCCCACCCCCAUCACCCUCCUUGGAAAUCCACACACAACACCCAGAAAUUAGCCUGAUUGGGGGAAUUUCCAAGCUAACGUUUCCCUUGCCCUUAUUAGGCCAAAGAAGCCUUUCCAACAGGCUUUGGGUAAAUCCUACAUCGAUUUGUUUACAAUCCAAUGACGUCCAACUUUAGAGGAGAAGGGUGUACACCCCUUUCAAAAUAUUUUGUUGUCUGGAUGAACAGGACUUCAUUUCUUUAGGACAUUUUAUACCGGGGCAAGGAAUACAGUGAAUGCUAACCAUUAAUUUGGUGAAAAUGCAUUCUCACUUCUCCCCUAUUUCUAAAAUAUUGCAAGGUUAGUCUGCAUCUCUGUUCCUGUGUUGAGAUCGUGUGCUUCUGCUGCAGAAACUCUACACAAGGGCAUGUUGGGGGGGAAACGCGUGCGCUUUCUGGACAAAAGGGGAAGGGAGGUGGGGGGGAUUGAUGUAACAAUGACUGAAGCAUACACACCAGUCGUGUUUUGAACAGGAAACCCAAGGUGAGUCAAUCCCUGAAAUGGAAUUCAAACCUUGCACCCUCAUUUUCAUCAGCUCCGUUCUGCCUAUUCAGCCUUAAAACCUGGGGAAGCAUUCAAUGUCUAUCUUUUAUAUUUGCCUUUUUCAGUGGUACGUGGUAAGCUGAAGCACAAACUCGUGGUGUAGUGUCCAGAGUUGCGCUGUCUGCUCUCUUAUUUUUGUAAUAUACGUUUUCUGAGCCUUU